GGGCCGUGGCCCCGGACCGCAGGGGAGGCCGAGGCGGGAGCGCUCGGCGCUGAGGCGGCGGCGGCGGCGGCGGCGGGAAGGGGCCGGGUGGCAGGGCAGGCGGGAGGCUGGCGAGGCUCCGGCCGCAGGACGGGCGCGGGGACGGCUCCGGGGGGCGGGGGCCGGGGCCCGGGCCGGCUCGUGCGGGGGGUAUGAUGACCCGGCGGCGGGGCCCCGGAUCGCGUCUCCUCCGCCGCCUCCUCGCGGCGGCCCCGACUCGAGGCUGAGAACUACACACACCGGCGGUAUGGCAUCACAGCUGCAGGUGUUUUCGCCCCCAUCAGUGUCGUCGAGUGCCUUCUGCAGUGCAAAGAAACUGAAAAUAGAGCCCUCUGGCUGGGAUGUUUCAGGACAGAGCAGCAACGACAAAUAUUAUACCCACAGCAAAACCCUCCCAGCUACACAAGGGCAAGCCAGCUCCUCUCACCAGGUAGCAAAUUUCAAUAUUCCUGCUUACGACCAGGGCCUCCUCCUCCCAGCUCCUGCGGUGGAGCAUAUUGUGGUAACAGCUGCUGAUAGCUCAGGCAGCGCCGCUACGGCAACCUUCCAAAGCAGCCAGACCCUGACUCACAGGAGCAACGUUUCUUUGCUUGAGCCAUAUCAAAAAUGUGGAUUGAAGAGAAAGAGUGAGGAAGUGGACAGCAACGGUAGCGUGCAGAUCAUAGAAGAACAUCCCCCUCUCAUGCUGCAGAACAGAACCGUGGUGGGUGCUGCUGCCACGACCACCACUGUGACCACCAAGAGUAGCAGUUCCAGCGGAGAAGGGGAUUACCAGCUGGUCCAGCACGAGAUCCUUUGCUCUAUGACCAACAGCUAUGAAGUCCUGGAGUUCCUAGGCCGAGGGACAUUUGGACAGGUGGCAAAGUGCUGGAAGCGGAGCACCAAGGAAAUUGUGGCCAUUAAGAUCUUGAAGAACCACCCCUCCUAUGCCAGACAAGGACAGAUCGAAGUGAGCAUCCUUUCCCGCCUAAGCAGUGAAAACGCUGAUGAGUAUAAUUUCGUCCGUUCUUAUGAGUGUUUUCAGCACAAGAAUCAUACCUGCCUCGUGUUUGAGAUGUUGGAGCAGAACUUGUACGAUUUUCUAAAGCAGAACAAGUUUAGCCCACUGCCACUCAAGUACAUAAGACCAAUCUUGCAGCAGGUGGCCACAGCCCUGAUGAAGCUCAAGAGUCUUGGUCUGAUCCAUGCUGACCUUAAACCUGAGAACAUAAUGCUAGUCGAUCCAGUUCGCCAGCCCUACCGAGUGAAGGUCAUUGACUUUGGUUCUGCUAGUCAUGUUUCCAAAGCCGUGUGUUCCACCUACCUGCAAUCACGCUACUACAGAGCGCCUGAGAUUAUUCUUGGAUUACCAUUCUGUGAAGCUAUUGACAUGUGGUCACUGGGCUGUGUAAUAGCUGAGUUGUUCCUGGGAUGGCCUCUUUAUCCUGGUGCUUCAGAAUACGAUCAGAUUCGUUAUAUUUCACAAACACAAGGCCUGCCAGCUGAGUAUCUUCUCAGUGCCGGAACAAAAACAACCAGGUUUUUCAACAGAGAUCCUAACUUGGGGUACCCACUGUGGAGGCUUAAGACACCUGAAGAACAUGAAUUGGAGACUGGAAUAAAGUCAAAAGAAGCUCGGAAGUACAUUUUUAACUGUUUAGAUGACAUGGCUCAGGUAAAUAUGUCUACAGACUUAGAGGGAACAGAUAUGUUAGCAGAGAAAGCAGAUCGGAGAGAGUAUAUUGAUCUCCUAAAGAAAAUGCUGACGAUUGAUGCAGAUAAGAGAAUCACGCCUCUGAAAACUCUUAACCACCAGUUUGUGACAAUGAAUCACCUCCUGGACUUUCCACACAGUAACCAUGUUAAGUCCUGUUUCCAGAACAUGGAGAUCUGCAAGCGGAGGGUUCACAUGUAUGACACAGUGAGUCAGAUCAAGAGUCCCUUCACUACACAUGUCGCUCCAAAUACAAGCACAAAUCUAACCAUGAGCUUCAGCAACCAGCUCAACACAGUGCACAAUCAGGCCAGUGUUCUGGCUUCCAGCUCUACAGCAGCAGCAGCUACUCUUUCCCUGGCUAAUUCAGAUGUCUCGCUGCUAAACUACCAAUCGGCUCUGUACCCAUCGUCGGCAGCGCCGGUUCCCGGAGUUGCCCAGCAGAGUGUUUCCUUACAACCUGGAACCACCCAGAUCUGCACUCAGACAGAUCCAUUCCAGCAAACGUUUAUAGUAUGCCCACCUGCUUUUCAGACUGGGCUACAAGCAACAACAAAACAUUCUGGGUUCCCUGUGAGGAUGGAUAAUGCUGUGCCAAUCGUACCCCAGGCGCCUGCUGCUCAGCCACUGCAGAUCCAGUCAGGAGUGCUCACACAGGGAAGCUGUACACCACUAAUGGUAGCAACUCUCCACCCUCAAGUAGCCACCAUCACGCCGCAGUAUGCGGUGCCCUUUACCCUGAGCUGCGCAGCAGGCCGGCCGGCGCUGGUUGAACAGACUGCUGCUGUACUGCAAGCCUGGCCCGGAGGAACCCAGCAAAUUCUCCUGCCUUCAGCUUGGCAGCAGCUGCCCGGGGUAGCUCUGCACAACUCUGUCCAGCCUGCUGCAGUGAUUCCAGAGGCCAUGGGGAGCAGCCAACAGCUAGCUGACUGGAGGAAUGCCCACUCUCAUGGCAACCAGUACAGCACUAUCAUGCAACAGCCAUCUUUGCUGACCAACCAUGUGACCUUGGCCACUGCUCAGCCUCUGAAUGUUGGUGUUGCCCAUGUUGUCAGACAACAACAGUCUAGUUCCCUCCCUUCAAAGAAGAAUAAGCAGUCUGCUCCAGCUUCAUCCAAAUCCUCUCUGGAAGUUCUGCCUUCUCAAGUUUAUUCUCUGGUUGGGAGUAGUCCUCUUCGUACCACAUCUUCUUAUAAUUCCCUAGUCCCUGUCCAAGACCAGCAUCAGCCAAUCAUCAUUCCAGAUACUCCCAGCCCUCCUGUGAGUGUCAUCACUAUCCGCAGUGACACUGAUGAAGAAGAGGACAACAAAUACAAGCCCAAUAGCUCGAGCCUGAAGGCGAGGUCUAAUGUCAUCAGUUAUGUCACUGUCAAUGAUUCUCCAGACUCCGACUCCUCCCUGAGCAGCCCAUAUCCCACAGACACUCUGAGUGCUCUGCGGGGCAACAGUGGGACCCUUCUGGAGGGACCUGGUAGACCUGCAGCAGAUGGCGUUGGCACCCGUACUAUCAUUGUACCUCCUUUGAAAACACAGCUUGGCGACUGCACUGUAGCAACACAGGCCUCAGGUCUCCUUAGCACUAAGACCAAGCCAGUGGCCUCAGUGAGUGGGCAGUCAUCUGGAUGCUGUAUCACUCCCACAGGGUACCGGGCUCAACGAGGGGGAACCAGCGCAGUGCAGCCACUCAACCUUAGCCAGAACCAGCAGUCAUCAUCAGCUUCAACCUCGCAGGAGAGAAGCAGCAACCCUGCUCCCCGCAGACAGCAGGCAUUCGUGGCCCCGCUCUCCCAAGCCCCCUACGCCUUCCAGCAUGGCAGCCCAUUGCACUCGACGGGGCACCCACACUUGGCCCCAGCCCCUGCUCACCUGCCAAGCCAGCCUCACCUGUAUACGUACGCUGCCCCCACGUCUGCUGCCGCUCUGGGCUCCACCAGUUCGAUUGCUCAUCUCUUCUCCCCCCAGGGCUCCUCGAGGCAUGCUGCAGCUUACACCACACACCCUAGCACUCUGGUGCAUCAGGUUCCUGUCAGUGUCGGGCCCAGCCUCCUCACUUCUGCCAGCGUGGCCCCUGCUCAGUACCAACACCAGUUUGCCACUCAGUCCUACAUCGGGUCUUCCCGCGGCUCAACAAUUUACACUGGAUACCCGCUGAGUCCUACCAAGAUCAGUCAGUAUUCUUAUUUGUAGUUGAUGAGCAUGAGGGGGGCUCUGUGGCUGCCUGCUACUAGCCCUGAGUUCUUAAUGGGUUCUGGAGAGUGCCUCCAUUAUUAUCUCCUCUUGAAAGUUCCUAGCCAGCAGCUCGUUCUGCAGGGGCCCACUGAAGCAGAAGGCUUUUCUCUGGGGAACAGCUCUCAGUGUUGACUGCAUUGUUGUAGUCUCCCAAGUCUGCCCUAUUUUUUAAUUCUUUAUUCUUGUGACAGCAUUUUUGGACGUUGGAAGAGCUCAGAAGCCCAUCUUCUGCAGUUACCAAGGAAGAAAGAUCGUUCUGAAGUUACCCUCUGUCAUACAUUUGGUCUAUUUGACUUGGUUUCUAUAAAUGUUUUUAAAAAGAAGUAAAGUUCUUCUUUACGAGGGGAAAUGCUGACUUGAAAUCCUGUAACAGAUGAGAAAGAGUCAUUACUUUUUGUUUGUUUAAAAAACUAAAACACAAGGCUCCCUUGCCUUUUAUUUUGAAAGCAGCUUACGAAAGGCUGUGCUUAUGGCGCAUCGAAACUUAGAGUGAUUUCAUGUUGGUGUCGUGCUAUCCGUACUGGGCAGCUGUUAGUUUUAGUAAACCGAGUACUGAAACCUGUGCAGCUGCUGCUGUGCUCCCUACAGAGCAGCACUGAGCAAACAGGCAGCUGGCGCUGCUGGUGAGGUAAGGGUGAGGACUGUGCCCACCAGGAGUCAUUCUAAAUGAAGACCAUGAAUUCAGGUCCUCCUCCCCUCUCUAGUUUAACUUAAAUUCUCCUAAUAGAAAAGCCAGUGAGGUGGUAAGUGUAUGGUGGUGGUUGGCAUACAAUAGUAUGCAAAAGCUCUCUCUAGAAUGAGAUACUGGCACUGAUAAACAUUGCCUAAGAUUUCUAUGAAUUUUCAGUAAUACACUUCUGUGUUUUCCUCAUCUCUCCCUUCUGUUUCAUGUGACUUAUUUGAGGGGAAAACUAAAGAAACUAAAACCAGAUAAGUUGUGUAUAGCUUUUAUACUUUAAAGUAGCUUCCUUUGUAUGCCAACAGCAAUGAAUGCUCUCUUACUAAGACUUAUAUAAUAAGUGCAUGUAGGAAUUGCAGAAAAUAUUUUAAAAGUUUAUUACUGAAUUUAAAAAUAUUUUAGAAGUUUUGUAAUGGUGGUGUUUUAAUAUUUUGCAUAAUUAAAUAUGUACAUAUUGAUUAGAAGAAAUAUAACAAUUUUUCCUCUAACCCAAAAUGUUCUUUGUAAUCAAAUGUGUAGUGAUUACACUUGAAUCGUGUAUUUAGUGUGUAUCUGAUCCUUCAGUGUUACCCCGGAGAUGGAUUAUGUCUCCAUUGUAUUUAAACCAAAAUGAACUGAUACUUGUCGGAAUGUGUGUGAACUAAUUGCAAUUCUCUUAGAGCAUAUUACUGUAGUGCUGAGUGAGCAGGGGCGUUGCCUGCAGAGAGGAGGCCUUGGGAUUGUUUUGCACAGGUGUGUCUGGUGAGGAGUUGUUCCGUGUGUGUCUUUUCCGCCUCUCCUCUCUUCCCUCAUUGUAGUGCCUUAUAUGAUAAUGUAGUGGUUGAUAGAGUUUACAGUGAGCUUGCCUUAGGAUGACCAGCAAGCCCCAGUGGACCCCAAGCUGUUCGCUGGGAUUUAACAGAACAGGUUUAGUAGCUGUGUUGUGUCAAUGCGUUGUUCUCAGUCUCCCUACCGACAGUGACAAGUCAGAGCAGCAGUUUUCCUCCUUUACUGCCACCUCUGUCCCGUUCCAUUUUGGAUCUUCAGCUCAGUUCUCACAGAAGCAUUCCCCAAUGUGGCUCUCUCACUGUGCCUUGCUACCUGGCUUCUGUGAGAGAGUUCAGGAAGCAGGCGAGAACAGUGAAGCCAGUGCUAAAGAUGCAUAUUUGAAGGUUUCUGCAAUCACUUAGGGUGGGAUUCCUUUUCUCUCUUCCAUGUGAUAGUCCUUUCUGUGCAUAGUUGUUGUUGUUACUGGUAAACUUUGCUUGUUUUGUUUUGUUUUUUUAAAAGCAUGUAACAGAUGUGUUUAUACCAAAGAGCCUGUUGUAUUGCUUAAUUUGUCCCCAUACUACGAGAAGGGUUUUGUAGAACUACUGGUGACAAGAAGCUCACAGAAAGGUUUCUUUAAUUAGUGAUGAAUAUGAAAAAGAAAGCAAAACCUCUUAGGUUUCUUUGUGACAACAUGUUGUUCUUGGGGCCCUUCACACUGUGAAAUGGUCCUAGUAUUCAACCCCUCCAUGGAUUUGGGUCAAGUUGAAGGUACUAGGGGUGCGGACAUUCUUGCCCAUGAGGGAUUUGUGGGGAGAAGGUUAACCCUAAGCUACAGAUGUGAUCCACCUGAAUUGAAAAUUAUAUCUGAGUGGUAAUUCUAGGAUUGGUUCUGUAUAGAGAUGGUGUCAGGGAGGUGCAGGAUGGAGGUGGGAGAUUUCAUGGAAUCUGGUCAGGAAAGCUCUGAACCAGGUGAAACACCGAGGGGCUGUCAACGAACUUGGAGUUUCUUCAUCGUGGGGAGGAAGGGUUUCCAGGGCGGGGCAGGUAGUCAAUUUAACCUGCCAGCAAUGAGGUGUGUUGUCUUUUCUUUAAUCAUUAUAUUAAGCUGUGCGUUCAGCAAUCUGUUGGUUGAGAUUACCACGCAUCAUUGUGUAGUUUGUCACUAGUGUUAUACUGUUUACGUCAAUUUGUGUGUGAUCUUUGUGUUUCCUUUCCCCCAAGCAUUCUGGGUUUUUCAUAUUUAAAUACAGUUCUAGUUUCUAGUCAAACUUUUUUUUUUUUAACCUUUUCUCUACAAGGGACAAGAUUUAUUGUUUUUGUAGGCAUGAGAUGCAGGGAAAACACCAACCAACCCUGCCCCCGCCCCCUAACCUCAUCCAAUAAGCAGUUAUGGAAGAUGGGGGUCUUAAAUUCAUGGGAAAGAGGAUGUCUAGGAGUUUGCAUCGUUACCUGAGACAUCUGGCUAGCAGUGUGACUUUACAGACUUUGAGGUUGUCACUCUGCAAACUGACAUUUCAGAUUUUCCUAGAUAACCCAUCUGUGUCUGCUGAAUGUGUAUGCGCCAGGCAUAGUUUUACAUUCAUUCUGUCCUGGGGCUUAACAUUGACUGCCUGCCCUGAUGGCAUGGAGGAAAGCCCUAUGAACACGCUGAGCAGGGUCAGCAUUGCCUGACCUUGGAACAGCUUAAGGCUUUAAACCUUCUCUUAGAACUUGCAUUUCCAGUUUCUCCCUUCCCAGGUGAGAGAGGAACUGGACAGGGUUGCACAGGCAUACACCAGGACACUUAGUCACUCCAGAGUCCCCGUUGCAACUAGGAGGUGGUUACCCUGUUAACCCCAGGAAGAAGAACCCCAUUUCAAACAGUUCUGACCAUUCAGAGCCUGCUUUUGUGGUUGCUCAUCCAUCAUCCUCUGCUAGAGGGGCUUAGCCAGGCCAGCACAGUAAUGUCUGUUCUAUUCUGCAUUAGUAUGCAGGAAUCUACUAGUUGAGAUGGUUUGUUUAAGGAUAGGAGAUGAAAUUGCCUCUCGGUGACAGGAAUGGCCAAGCCUGCUUUGUGUUUUGACUUUUUUUAACUGAUGGAUGGUGCAGCAUGUCUCCACGUUUCCAUGGUUGUUUGUUGCUAAACUUUAUAUAAUGUGUGGUUUCAAUUCAGCUUGAAAAAUAAUCUCACUAUAUGUAGCAGUACAUUAUAUGUACAUUAUAUGUAAUGUUAGUAUUUCUGCUUUGAAUCCUUGAUAUUGCAAUGAAAUUCCUACUUUAUUAAAUGUAUUUGAUAUGCUAGUUCCUGUGUGUGGUUAAACUUUUUUUCUUUCUCCCUUUUCUGGUUGUGUGCUUCCUUUACAACAAGCUUCUAGAAACAGGUAGUUCUGAGAAUUACUGAUCUAUGUUUGUAAUGCAGGUGUACUUAGGGAGUAUGUAAAAUAAUCAUUUUAACAAAAGAAAUAGCUAUUUAAAAUUUAAUACUAACUAUGGGAAAAGGGUCCAUUGUGUAAAACAUAGUUUAUCUUUGGAUUCGUUGUUGUCUUUGGUUUUACAAAGUAGCUUGUAUUUUCAGUAUUUUCUACAUAAUAUGGUAAAAAAGUAGAGCAAUUGCAAUGCAUCAAUAAAAUGGGUAAAUUUUCUGAC